GAAUAUUGAUGUUGAUAUCUUGCUUCAAUACAUGCCAACCUCUUAGGCUAGUAAUCAAGGAAGGACGAUCACCAGCAUCAUGAUUUCCAAUCUUGCUAUCGCAGCCACGGCGAUUGCUGGGGUAUACAUAUUCCUUCACGUCCUAUUGCAUCUCACUCAGAGCCCAAAAGAACCGCCUGCAAUUGGUAACGCUAUUCCAUUCAUAACCCCUAUUGUGAGAAUGAAGACUAUGAAAACAAGAUUCUAUUCUUUUAUGAGAGAACAGCACAAUCUUCCUAUAUACACCCUUCGCCUUCCGGGCACAAGACUUUACGUUGUUAAUUCCAUCUCGCUUAUUCCCGUGGUUCAACGCCAAUUUAGGACGCUGUCUUUCUCGGCCAUAGAAGCAACUGUAGCAGAAAACGUAAUAAGAGUUAGCAAAGCAACCAAUGACAUCAUAUCCAGUAACAUUACAGACGAUGAAGGGUAUUUGAUGCGCUUCUCAAGAUAUAUUCAUCAGACUUUAAAAGCUGGGCCAGCUCUAGAAGCCAUGGACAGGAGAGCUGUUCAAGUCAUCGCUGACUCUUUAGAGAAAUGGGCAGGAGAAGGCCCCACAACUGUGAAGAUGUUCCAUUGGAUCCGCCAUGAGCUUGUAAAUGCUACCACUGAAAGUGUCUAUGGUCCACGGAAUCCAUUUCGGGAUCCUGAGAUGGAGGAGGCUUGGUACAAAUUUGAGCCGAACAUAUUCAUGUUCAUCCUGAAUGCUUUCCCUUGGUUAUUAGCCAAGGAGGCCUUUCAAGCUCGCGAGUACAUGGCCAAAGCUUGGGAACGAUAUUUUGAGGAGGGUGGGCACAAGCAAGGUUCUGGACUUAUCCAAGUACGAGCCCAAAUCAACGAGGACUUCCAUAUUCCUCUCAAGGAUACAGCUAGGGCAGAGCUUGGGGGUGUGCUAGCUAUACUCGCUAACACCAUUCCCUCGGCUUUCUGGGUGAUUUAUUACAUAUUCUCAGACCCGAAGGUUUUGGACGAUAUCCGAACUGAACUUUCUAAGGGGGUUCGGGAGGUAGGUGGUGUCUGUACGAUUGACAUGGCUUAUGUCAAGCAGUCCUGCCCUAUCUUAUUAUCAACUUUCCAAGAGAUGCUCCGUGUCCACGGAAGUGCCGUCUCCGCUCGGGUCGCCCAAGAAGAGAUCAUGCUCGACAACAAGUACCUUAUCAAAAAGGGUAGUACCGUCUUAAUACCGUCGAACAUACACCACACCGACCCGUCAAUUUGGGGCAGGAAUGUAAAUGAAUUUUAUCACAAGCGGUUUGUGAGAGAGCCUGGUAUUAAGCGCCCUAACCCUAUCGCGUUUCGUGGAUUCGGCGGUGGCACGACCCUAUGUCCAGGUCGCCAUUUUGCGACCACAGAAGCUUUGCUGUUCUCGGCUUUGAUGGUACUACGAUUUGACGUAAACCCGAUAAACGGCAGAUGGGUUCGUCCUACCACAGAAAACUCGCCUCUGUUUCCUGCUAUACCAUUGCCAGAUUUUGACAUAGAUAUCGAAAUCCGCCCGAGGAACAGCAUGAAGUGGAAAAUCUCGUUUUCAAGAUCCGAUAUGGAUCCAGCAAUAUCAGUUGAAGACAUAGAGGGUAUAGCCCCAGCUUAGAGAAUUAAUAUUCUAAGUAGAAUUCCAGCGCCAUCCCAAAUGUCCCCUAGAUUAACUACAUUCAGAAUUCACCAUAAGACUGAUGAGAUCCAGAAUUUAAAUAAUCAUGGCGAGAUUGACUAACAGCGCCGUCUCAAAGAGGUCGCUUACAAAGGUAGGAUACUGUACAGCUACUGUGAAGCG